CCCCAAAAGCUCCUAGUUCAUUAUUUCCCUGUAAAUAUGCUGUGUCUGCCCGAGGCCAACCAUAAUUUCAACAAUCCACAGGCCAAAACAGUGGCCAGACGUGGUCGGUGCUAGUGAUUCCCCAGGGACGCUUUGGCUGUUUCAUCUGCAGUUGAAGAGAUGGAGAGAUUAGUUUUCUUGUUUUCUCUGACUGCCCUUGUUGUCCUUCACUGCAUGAACACCACUCCAGAGUUCCAAGAGCCUGUUGUGAUACUGCAGAUUGGUAUUGCAGUGUUGGUGGUGGUGUGGUUCUUCUACUUCCUUAUCACCCGACGCAACCCGCCCAAAGACACCCUUUUCUAUGUGUUUGCUGAGUUUUCCUUCACUUGUGUCAUUGACCUUGUGAGUGCUAUGGAACAUGAUGGUUUUAUUUCCGGGUUUAUGGAAUUCUACCAGAAAACGGGAGAGCCCUAUCUGGGUACUGCCUAUGCCAUCAUGAUGUGCUACUGGGAUGGAAUAGUGCAUUUCAUCAUGUACCUCAUGAUGAUACAGCGCUUAUGGAACAGCAAGUCUUACCGCACCCUGGGUCUCUUCUGGGCUGGGUCGUUGUUUGCCAACAUGAGUGUCUUUGUGACAGGAAUUGUUGUAGGUAAAUUUGGAUCAGAUAUCCGUCCCGCCUUCUGGCUCAACAUGCCCUUCUUAAUGCUUCCAAUAUGGGGUGCGAUCAAGCUGUUCAACCAGCCCAAGAAUGGGCCAACCCUCGGUGGAUACAGGGCCCACUAUGAUCAGAGUUUUAAUCUCAUCUGGCGCCCUACAGACCUUCUCCUGGUGCUGCUGCUACUGGGGGCCAUGGCCUUCACUCUCUUCAGGGGCUUGGUAGCUCUUGACUCCCCUCUAGAGGCCUGUACCAUCUACCUCCGCCAGUACGAGCCCUAUCUGAAGGACCCGGUGGGCUACCCCAAGGUUAUGAUGUUGCACUUCCUGUUCUACAUGCUGCCUAUGCUGGGUGCCUUCAUCUACGGACUCGUAGUGCCUGGCUGCACCUGGAUGCCCGACUGGACUGUAUUUGUUGCUGGAGGCGUCGCCCAGUGUCAGUGGGCCCACAUUGGGGCAUCCCUCCACCCACGUACAGUGGCCCCAUUCCGGAUCCCAGACGAGGCUUUCCUGGCUGUCCUGGCAGCCAACCUGCUGUACGCUGUGAUCCCCUCCCUCAUCGCCAUGCGCUGCACCAGUAACACCAACUUCUUCUUGACCGUCACUAAACUUCCUGGGAUGGAGGGGAUGCCCUGGGUUCCUGAUGCUGACACCCUAGUCGAGAAGAAACACAAUUAAAGUUUACAUACUAAUAAAGUUACCAAGAAAGAUAUGCAAAUAGGUGUACAGAAUUGACUUCUGAUCUAUGAAUUUGUUUCUGUAUUAGUUUCUGUAACAAGUCCCAUAGGGAUACAUAGGAGCAAGUAAGUGUAUCACACAAGACAUCAUGUUCUCUUAGACCGGGACCCUCCAUUGAUCUACACUGCAGAGUCAGAGUGAGACACAGACUCCACUUUCCCCACAGCCUUUAGUUCAGGGCUCUCCAACACUCUUCCUGGAGAACUUCGACCCUAAUCAAGCACUUCAAUCAGCUGGUUGAUAAGCCGAAUCAGGUUAUUUUACAACUGGGGUUGGAGCAAAAACCUACAGGAGGGUAAUUGUCCAUGAACAGGGUUGGUGAGCCCUGCUUUAGUUUAUACAAACACGGAGGUGUUGACAACCAAAUCAUUUUUUCCACUUUUCAUUAGAAACUAAUGCGGCAGCCAGGUACUGGUACUGAGAAAUCCCUCCAAAAUAACUCACUCCAGUCAAGACAUCUUUAGAUGCAUUUAAUUUCAGUCGGACAAGAUCAAAUUCAAGCACCAGGGAGUGAGAAAGAAGGGGAGGGCUUUCCCAAACAUGAAUGUAAUUAUAUUUACAUACUGUAUGCAUUCAUAGUGGAUGAUAACAUGAAACCAUAUAGAAAAGCCAUGUUCCCUCAAAACACAAACUCCUUUUUGAGAGCAUAAUAAAAAAGAAUGGAUACCUUC